CCGAAACCCUUGCCUACGGGCCCGCAAAAGCCGGUUUAGAUAUGAUUACUAAAGUACUGGCCCUCGAAUUGGGAGCCAAAGGCAUUCGUGUCAAUACAAUCAAUCCGGGUACUAUACAUACGACUGAUAUACUGGACCCCAUGUCUGCCCACAUCUAUGAAGUAUCCAAGAAAAUAGCACCACUUAGACGAUUGGGACAACCAUUAGAUAUCGCAAAAGCCGUGGCAUUCCUGGCCUCAAGUGAUGCCUCAUUCAUAACCGGCGCUAAUCUGGUGGUCGACGGCGGAGUUGUCUAUAAUUUU